UAACAAAAUAUUGAGAUCAAGGUCACAGCUCAACCACAAGUGUGAUCCUGAGUCAUCACAAAAUCAUUCCUGUAAAAAACGCAGGAAACAACUGGAAUUCUUUAAAUGCCCCGAGUGUGGGAAAUGUUUUAAAACAAAGUCAAACAUGAUAAGGCACCAGAGAAUCCACACAGAGGAGAAACAAUUUGUCUGUAACAAAAGAUUGAGAUCAAGGCCACAGCUCAACCACAAGUGUGAUCCUGAGUCAUCACAAAAUCCUCCCUGUAAAAAACGCAGGACAUUCUGUAAAUGCCCCAAGUGUGGAAAAUGUUUUAAAACAAAGUCAGUCAUGAUUGAGCACCAGAGAAUCCACGCAGUGAACGGACCUUUUUUCUGCAUUGUUUGUAACAAAAAAUUGAGAUCAAGGUCACAGCUCGGCCACAAGUGUAAUCCUAAGGCAUCACAAAAGUAUCCCCUUAAAAAUCGUAAAAAAGGCAAGAAAUCACUGAGAUUAUGUGAAUACCCCAAGUGUGGAAAAGAAUUUCGAUGUAAGUCACGCCUGAUAAGGCACCAGAGAACCCACACAGGGGAGAAACCUUACAGCUGCUCAGAUUGUGGUAAAACAUUUACAAGCAAAACGUCUCUUAGUAGACACACGAUAGGUCAGACAGGAGAGAAACCCUUCAGAUGCUCAUAUUGUAGUAAGUUUUUUAAUCAUGCAUGUCUGCGCUACCACAUGAAAUCUCACACUGGAGAGAAACCAUUUGAUUGCCCAAUGUGUGGUAAAAAAUUUGCAUACAAAGUACAUCUAGAGUCCCACAUUAGAGUGCAUAUAGGGGACAAACUUACAGAAAGAGAAAGUCUGAGCCAAUACAUGGCAUUAUAUACAGGGGUAAACAGGGUGGUAAAGAAGGACGACCCAGAUCCUCCACACAUUAAAGAGGAACAGGACGAAGUCUGGACCAUUCAGGAGGGAGAUCACCUUCAAGCACUGGAGGAGGCUGAUAUCACCAAGUUUACAUUCACUCCUGUUCCUGUGAAGAGUGAAGAUGAUGAAGAGAAACCUCAGUCCUCACAGCUUCAUCAAACACUAACUGAGGUGAUAACAACAGAAGCUGAUGGAGAGGACUGUGGAGGAUCACAAGCAGACAGGAACUCACAUCCAGAUACACAUUUACUACCUGAUACUGAGGACACGACUUCAGACUCUUACACCUCACAGUCUCAUGUGAGGUGUAAGACUGACAGGAAACGAUUAAACCCCUCUGAGAACGAUAAAGCUUUUACAGAAAGAGAAAGUCUGAGCCAAUACAUGGCAUUACACACAGACGUAAACAGGGAGGUAAAGAAGGAGGACCCAGAUCCUCCACACAUUAAAGAGCAAGAGGAGGAAGUCUGGACCAUUCAGGAGUGAGAUCAGCUUCAAGAACUGGGGGAGUCUUUUAACCCUCAACAGUUUUGACAGAUUUUUGAAAAU